AUGGAUGCCUUUGAGAAUUGGUUUAGGAGCAACGGAGGCUACCUCCAUCCAUCAGUUCAGCUUGCCCAAGAUGCUGAACAAGGCUCACAUUUCCGAGCCACUGCCAUCAUUGAGCCUAGUACACACGUUCUGACAGUGCCUCAUAAGCUGGCAAUGUCAAAUCUGAACGCUCAAGUGGACGACGAUUUUCCUGUCUUCAGAACUCAUGCCCAGAAAUUCACUGUUGAAGCUCUCAGCUUCUUCUAUCUGAUGGCACAGUGGCUCCACAAGGACAAGUCAUUUUGGAAGCCUUAUCUGGACAUAUUGCCCUCUCCUGAACAAGGUUUCGAGACUCCCAUCUUUUAUGAUGACGACGACCGCCAAUGGUUGGAAGGUACAGAUCUCCAUCCAACUCUGCUCGGUAGAGAAGCUGCUUGGAAGAAGUAUUGGGAAGAUGGAGUGCAGGUCAUGAGAACGGCUGGUAUGGAUGUAACAGAAUACACAUGGGAACUUUUCAGAUGGGCUGCCACAGUGUACUCAUCGCGCAGUUUCAAUGGCCUAACUGUCACACCACAAGACAGUCAAUACUGGACAGCUUACAAACACGACUCGAAUGGCACUCAGACCGUCCUUUUGAACCAAAACGACUACCCGGAGGACUGGAAGAAGUUCUCUGUCCUCUUCCCCGCCAUCGACAUUGGAAACCACAAUCCAAAUGCUCGUGUGGACUGGACUUACGACCCCGACCGGUUCAGCUUGUCUGUCUCGGAGAAGAUUGAGUCUGGCUCACAAGUUUACAACAACUAUGGUCCAAAGUCAAGCGAGGAGCUGUUGAUGGGUUAUGGUUUCUGCGCACCUAACAAUCCUUACGAUGGACUACUCCUGGCCAUGAGGCCCCCUCCGCCACCACUGCAGCAGAUGCUGAGCAUCACUCAUCCCGAGUACUUCAAAACCACCGGAGAAUGGAACUCUGAGGCCGCCACGUUCCGUCUGCUACAGGAAAAGUUGCAAGAGACUAGCAAUGCGAGUCCAUUCGAUCAGGCAUGGGGAUGUGUGCCAGCACCUCUAGCCGAACUUUUCUGUUAUGUAGUUCAACUGGAGAGAGGAGUAGACGUCGCCCCUAUCGAAGAUGCAGAAGAGUACCUCUACCACGGCGAAGGCACUCGCUACCUACCUCGCAUCGCUCUUUACAUCAUGAUGUCGCUCAUCCCAAAGAUCGGCAAGCUGGAAGAAGCCAACGAGAAGCUUCCUUCCAAACCAACAAACGCACGCCAGGCAUCCGUAAAGAUCUACAGAGACAUGCAAUCCGAGGUCAUCAACACCGUACAAGAACGCAUGGCUACUUACCUCAAAGACCUACAGCCAGAAACCGUAUCUUCUUCCGCUGGCUCUGCAAUCUGGACCUUGGAAGACGCUCUUGACCUCUUAGAACUGGAACUGCCUGCUACUCACAAAUCCUUCAUGUCUGGAGUCAAAUACGUGACGGGUACGACAAAACUCCGCAAACUCCGUGGCUCAGAACACGAAGAAUAUCUCUGGACUAUUCUCCUCUGCUUCAUUUACCUCGCUCACACCACUGAAUCCGAAUCCUCAAACAAAAGACUUACGGGCAAAUGGAUACAAUCUCUCAUUGACGAGUACGGUGAACCUGACCUUGAAGCCGCAGACCCAGACGAGGAAGCAGACGAAGAAGCAGCCGAGUACCUCGACCGCGUGAAGAAAGCUGCCAUGUUCUUACCUGGCUCUCUAUGGACAAACCCAGCUUGGACAGCAGACUUUGUGUUGGACUUUGGGAUGAGGAUAUCAAAGUCGCAGGGAACGUAUAUGGAUAUUGGUGACGAAGAGGGAGAGGAUUUGAGAUAUGUUGUUUAUUUGCAUGUUUGA